UUGUGUGUGUAAAAUUAAACCUUUUGUUCAAUUUUGGUAGAUUCGUUAAUUUUUGUAAAAAAGUCAUUUAUUUUCAUUCAAUUUCAUUUUUUUUUUCAAUUUUUUGUUCAGUUUCAUUAAGUACGCGAAUUGACAUCACCGAAGUCUUUAAAUUUGUGAAAUAUAACCGAGAGAUAUGUCAGAUAUAAAUGCCUACAGUCAAGAUGCCACCAAAGGCGAACUAUUUGGUCAAAUAAGCACUGUACUCUCGUCGACGUCGGAUCAAGGCAAAAUGCUUAAAGUUAAACAAAUGCGUAAAGUUAAUGUACGCGUAUGUCUUCUCUGCGGGUUCUUUUAUUCAUCAAUGUCAGCACUUAUAAACCACAUUGAAAAUUACCAUUUAGAUUAUUAUAAAACGUGUAAAAUUUGUGCCUUGAGUUUCCAAAACAAACAGAAGUACAACGAGCAUAUGUCGUUGCACAUGCUAUGUUAUAACAGGUUGAAAAAAAAUUUACUGAUCUCAUUCAUGUUACACGCUCAUGAUCUAAAUGGCCCACGUCAAGAAGUCCCUCGAGCGAAAAAGUUGAUCUGUGAAUUAUGUGGGUUUUCAAGUAGUGGCAUGCUUGGCAAAAUAUGCGAAUCAUGCAUGCGUAAGCGUUGUGUUGAAGCAAACGAGUAUCAAGAAUCCUUGAAGAAUACAGAAAAAAAGUAGUCUCAUAUGAGUGUAAUAGAAGUAAAUUAAGACAGUUUUUUUUCUAUAACUAUAACU